AAGCUGAUACUGAAAGCUUUGAUAGUUUAAUAUUACCUCUUACAAUGAUUAGAUAUGCAUGUAAAAGGAAAUAUACUUUUACAUUACAAGCAUAUGAGUUAUGCACAUUAGUUGGUAAAUUGAUAAAAACUCAGCUGAUGGACAUACACUUAAAAAAAAAGAAAACUUAAGACAACCAACUUCCAGGCUCUUAUAUGUUUACUCAACUCAACUGUUUCCUUUCUGUUACAUAUUUUACAGAUAGAAAGACAAAGUCAGUGUAUUGUUCACAUAUUUGGAAUCUUCUUUUACCUUCACAUCGAACAUCAACAUGAGUUUGUCAACCAUGCCCCCCAGUUUUUCAGAGAGCACAGUGCAGUCCUCAUCUCCUGAACUCUCAGAUGAGCUCAUCGCUGCCCUCGCCGCAGGGCGCUGGUGGGCAAUAAUGGAGGUUUCUUCACCUAUAUCUGAAGAGCCUGAAUAUGGGGACCUCACCUCAGUGCAGUGGCAGGGAACAAUAGAGGCAGGAGAAACUUUGUGCCCCAAGUCUGUGGUCUUCAGGGAUGAAUGUGAGAAGGCUGAGUCCCUGCACUCAGGCUUCCAAGCUGCAACACUGAAGACCAAAGAGCUGUGGAGGAAGAAGAAGACACAGGGUGCACCAGUGCCUCCCAGGUCCCAACACAGUUCAUCUGUGUCUGCAAAUACCAAGAAAAGUGACCACAUCUCAUCCCUGGUCUUAAACUAUGCAUCUAAGAAGGCUGAGUCUCCGCACUCAGGCUUUACAGAUAUAUCACUGAAGACCAAGGAGCUGUGGAGGCAGAAGAAGCCUCAGGGAGCACCUGUGUUUGCCGGAUCUGGGUUCACUAAUGAAAUACUGAAGACCACUAAGCAGCGGAGGCAACAGCAAAGGAAGUGGACCGAGAUGAAGCCUCAGGUAGCACCUGAGCCUGCUGGGUCCCCUCAAAGAACACCUGUGACCACUGGCUCUCAACGAAGAGGAAAGCUCAUGAUCCCUGAGAAUCUGAGGCAACAUCUGCUAAAGGCUGCUUCUGAACUGGAAUCACCUGUGCCUGCUAGAUCCCCACAGGGAGCACCAGUGCCCACAGUGUCUCCUCAAAACACGCCCAUGCACACCAAGACUCUACAGAGAGAAGCUAUGCCUGCCCCAGAGGUGCCAAAACCAAAGAUACCUGAGCCGCUGAGACAGGAGCUGCUGCAGCAGAAGCCCAACAAGAUCCAAGAGAAGCAAAGGCUAAAGAUACCUGAGCCGCUGAGGCAGGAGCUGCUGCAGCUGUCGGCUCGAGCCUGUUCUGUUCAAGGAGCACCUGCAACCAACAAGACCCCAGGGAGGCAAAACCUUAAAUUCCCUCAGUCGCUGAGGCAGGAGCUGCUGCAGCAGAAGCCCAACAAGAUCCAAGAGAAGCAAAGGCUAAAGAUACCUGAACCGCUGAGGCAGGAACUGCUGCAGCUGUCGGCUCGAGCAUCUUCUGUUCAAGGAGCACCUGCACCCAACAAGAUGCUGCAAGCUUCAUCUUGUGCCUCUUCUGAGAAGGGAGCACCUGGACCCAACAAGACCCCAGAGAGGCAAAAGCUCAAGAUACCUGAGCAACUGAGGAAGGAGUUUCUGCAGCAGAAGCCUCAAGCCUGUCCUGUAAAGGGUGAUCCCAUGGCUUCCAAGUCCCCACAGGAAGCAACUUUACCUGACAGGAACCCUGUGUAUGUUGGGACCCCACAGGGACCAGGAAUGUUUGCCAGGUCUCCACCGGCAGAGGCAGUGCCUGCUGAGCCUCUGAAAGGAGCGACAGUUACCUCCAGAACCACGAAGACAAGAAAACAGAGGCUUGCUGAGCAUCAGAGCAUUCCUGUCUCUGCCACCCAGGUACUAGCCAUGUCCUCCAGGACCUCAAGCGUGGUGCCUGUGCAUUCUGGGACCCUACAGGGAGCACUUGUGACCAAAAGUUCCCCACAACAGGGAUCAAAUCCCAGAAUGACUGAGCAGCAGAGGAAGAAGCGCAGGGAGCAGUGGAGACAGCAGCAGAGACAGCGGAGGCAGCAGAAAGCAUCAUUAAGUCCCUUCCAUCUCUCGUUUUUACUUAUUUUCAGAUUUAUUCUAAAAUAUAAACCAUUCCUUCACCUAAGAUACUAUGUUGUCUAAGUCGUCUAUCUGAACUUUUAUUAGAUUAUAUUUCAAAAUGAUAAAAAGAUUUAAGAAAGUACUCCUCAAACCUGCCCAGCUUUACAUGAUUAUGUCUGUUCCUUCAACAGGACAACGUCAAAGUGUGUGAACCGCCUCCACAAAAAAAGCUGGGUGUGGAAAUCGAAAAGGUGCAGCUGAAGCUCAAACUGGGGAACCAUCAAGCCCCAAAGCCCAGGUCCCAGCUCACCCUAAUGAUGGAUCAUGCAGCUGUGGGUCGGCAGUCACCUCCAGAAAAAAAGCAGCGCAUGGCAAACGAAAUCAAAGGCCAGCAGUUGGGACCUAGCCGCUUAAAGCAUUUAUGUAGCAUAUUCAUAUGUUUAAUGGAAUAUUUGUAAAUAUGUAUUAUUUGAAUAUACUAUGUUUGUGCAUACUGUAUUUAAUAUGAUUUUAUGCAUAAUAAAAAAUAAAAUAUAAACUAUCCA